CAAACUACUAAAGCAAUUGAUCACCAAACUUAUAUUAUCUAUCAUGAAAACAUAAACAGAUUGGAGAAGAAGAAGAAGAAGAAGAAGAAGAAGAAGAAGAAGAAGAAGAUUUAUAAUGGCGGCGGGGGCGGCAUCUGAUGUGAAUAGCAGCAGAGAAACCGAUUCCAUAGACUUCGCCAUGGACGGCCUCAUCGCCACCUCCAUCGAGCAGCUCUAUACCAACCUCUACGACAUGCACAUCUCCGGCCAGUCGCCGUCCGAGCUCAUGGGCAGCUUCCUCUCCUCCUCCUCUGACGACGACGACGAAUCAAGAAUCGACUCCGAGCUCCGGUUCCUCGCCGGCGCAGAUUACGGAGAGCCGGAGCAAGAAACAUCAUCAUGCGCGGAUCGGAAAACCCUUCGUCGCUCUCCGGCGAAGAUGGACGGGGUAGUGGUGUCCGGCAAACGGAAGCCCAGAAACAAGAAGACGAGUUCAUCAAGAAAGCCCCCCUGUUCUUCUUCCUCCUUGUCAAAUGACAACCUUGUUGGUUCCCAUCUGCUCAAACAGGCAAGAUCUUUGAUUUCCCAAUCAGGAGACAACCACGAAAAGGCUCUUGAUUUGGCGCUUCGAGCCUUGAAGUCCUUCGAAGAAGAAGAAGAACAACAACACUCUCAUUCUUCAAAGGACUACUACAAGUCCAAGAGUUUGGACAUUGUCAUGUGCAUGCACGUCGUCGCGGCAUUGUACUGUCGGUUAGGACGGUUCGGGGAAUCGGUUCGGGUUCUGGAGCGGUCGAUUGAGAUCCCGGAGAUGGAUAAAGGCCCGAGCCACGCCAUCGCCAAGUUCGCAGGGUGCAUGCAAUUGGGAGACACAUACGCAACGCUGGGGGAGAUGGAGAAGUCGGUCGCGUUCUACGCUGCGGGGCUUGAGAUCCAGCGGCAAGUGCUGGGGGAAAACGACCCGAGGCUCGGAGGGACGUGCCGGUACGUAGCGGAAGCACACGUACAAGCAAUGCAGUUCGAUGAAGCAGAGAGGAUGUGCCGAAUGGCCCUUGAGAUCCGUGGACGCGACGACAACCCUUGCGAAGGGGCAGCCGAUAGGAGACUCCUCGGUUUGAUUCUUCACUCCAAGGGAGACUAUGAUGUUGCGAUUGAGCAGUAUGUCUUAGCAAGCCUGGCCGUGGCUGGGGUCCACGGCCAGGAAGCUGAGGCAGCUGCUAUAGAGUGUAGCAUUGGGGAUUCAUAUCUCUCUCAAGGGAGAUACAAUGAGGCCAUUUAUUCUUAUGUAAAAGCUCUUACUAUGUUAAAGUCUCUUAAAGGCGAGAACCAUCCAUCGGUUGCCUCGGUAUACGUCCCCCUGGCUGAUUUGUACCACAGGGUAGGAAAAUUUAAGGAGUCUAGAUAUUACUGCGAGAACGCUCUCCGGGUUCUCCCAAAAGCCCAACCCGAAGUGAUUGCGAGUGGUUUGGCCGAUUUGUCCGCAAUAUACGAGUCCAUGGGCGAACCCAAACGAGCACUCGACCUGCUCCACAAGAACGCUAUCGACAAGUUUCGUGCAAUCGGAGGGGGAGAAAAAAAGUUGGCUCUUUUGGGCAUUGCCCUCAACCAAAUGGGGCUUGCAUGUGUUCAACUCUACGCGAUAAACGAGGCUGCGGACUUGUUUGAAGAAGCAAGAAGCAUCUUCGAAGCCGAAUACGGUCCUUUCCACGCCGACACGUUGGGAGUCUACAGCAAUCUGGCUGCGACUUACGAUGCCAUGGGAAGGACAAAUGAUGCAAUAGAAAUCUUGGAGUUUGUGGUGGGAACGAGGGAGGACAAGCUCGGAACGGCGAACCCGGACGUAGACGACGAGAAGAGAAGGCUGGCAGAGUUGUUGAAAGAAGCAGGAAGAGUUAGAAACAGGAAAGCCAAAUCCCUUGAAGUCCUGCUGGCUAACAAAUCUCAUGCACUAAGAAUGUGUUGAUAAACUUUGUGUUUUGGAAUGUGUACAUAAUAUAGAAUUUAUGAUUUUUUUUCAUUAUACUCCCUGGCCUCCUCCCCAGAAUAAACUUAGUUGUUUUGA